AAACUCUUAUUGAGCAAUUCUGAAAAAAUCUGCUUAUUGCCACACAACAAAGUCAAAUAUCUCAAGAAAAUCAGGACAAAUUCUAAAAAAUAUGAAAAAUAAAUCAGGACGCCCAAAUAGGACUUCAAAAUCAGGACAUGUCCUGCUAAAUCAGGACGGAUGGUAUCCCUAGAUGAACAAUGAAUAGUAUUCAUCCAUACAAUCCUAUUUUGUGAUAAAUUCUCAAGCAAAAUCAAGAUGAGUUUUCAGCUCAGAAAAAAACACUUCAAAGCAAACAACUCGUUGAAAAUGUGGUUCUUAUUCGGGUUACUCUCGGUGCUGAUUGCGAUUAACCGAGCCCAAGAGUUUUCAGCUCCGUAUCAGGUCUCAAUCCGAUCAAACGCAACUGCCAUCGUGGGAAAUGCAACGGCAGGUGGUCAGUUAACUCAUAUUUGCAGUGGCGUGAUUAUCAAGGCGGAAUACAUUCUAACCACAGCAGGUUGCAUUAAUGUUCAUGAUAAACUAAAGAAUUCAAGCUUAGGACGAGUAUCCUUGGGCAAUCAUGAAAGCGUUCAGCGAAAUGUAAUAUCCGUGAUACCUCACGUAAAGUACAAUUCAACGACACUGGAAAACGAUAUCGCGCUGCUUAAGCAACAAGUGAAACAAAAAUUUAUUUUAUUAAAUUUAAUCAACUCUCAUUCUCACGUUUGCUUCGAUGAAUUUUCCCCGGGUUCCGGACGAAAAUCGCAAAUAACUGGCGACAUCGGCAUCGUGCACAAUUCAACCGCGGUCCAGUGGAUAGAGCUCCAGCAGCCCCAGAGAACCUCGUUUGCACACAGUAACAAUGUUAAUGAAAACUGUUUUACAAACGCUUAUAACAACUCGGUCGGGGCUCUGAAUUAUCCCUUCACUCUGGUCAGGAAUGUCAGUCACGUAGACGACAAAUUUUGUUCUGACUUCCGGGCAUCUUCAGUUAGUCCUCAACAUGCUUUGAAAUCCAAUGAAAGUUGCUGGGAAUACCGAUUAAAUAGUAACAGCGUUUGCCAGCCGACAGCACUACAGCGGAGUGAAGACCGAGGCACGGGGAUAGUGUGCAACUUCAAAUUAGCGGCCAUAUUGGCGGAAAUAAAUCCACCUGCCUAUCACCAAAACUGCAACCAGAUAAAAUAUACAACUGCUUUCUACACACCGGUAGGGCUCUAUCGUGAUUGGGUUGAAAACGAAUGCGGUUUCCUGUACUACAGCGUCGGACUGCCUGGAACAACUGUUCAUUGAAUCAUUCUAAAAAGGAUCAGUUUGAUUAUAUACUAAUAACUUCACCCAAUGUUGAAAGAAAAUAUAGUUAUCAAUUGUAUAUGUAUAUAUAAAUUUUAUUUUCGUCAUUGUACAGACAUGGUUUGAAAUCACACAAAAAGCAUAAAGUGCCCAAACAUA